AUGGAGCCCAUUAGCCUUGCUGGCUUCAUUAUCCAAAUCACCCAAUUUGGGGUGGAAUUCUUCAGCCGUUUCCUCGCUUUAUCUCGAUCAGCAAAUGGAAGCAUCCGGGAGGUUUCCGACAGAGAAAUGCAGAUCCAAGCCAUUUUAGUAGAUAUCGCUGCUCUUAAGGCUUUACCGCUUCUUACUCAGGGUGAAGACGAACAUAUAACGGCUUGUCAGAAAGUUCUCAAGCAGAUGUCCAAGAUCAUAACUUCCACGAAGGGAAAUGGAAAACGAAAUGUCAUUUCUAAUGCCAGGGCUGCAGCCCGCGCCAUGAGAGUCAGUAAACGAUUUGAACAACUAGACCACCAGUUGAGUGUCUCGAUGCAAGCCCUCCAGCUGAAUUCCUGCGUCUUCUAUCGCACAAAUUUGAAGACAGAGGUCUCCCAGGCGCAAACUUGGUACGAAAUUCUCACCUAG